AGAGAAUACCUAGAGCGCUUCAUUCCAUAACACAUCCUUCUCUUCUACUCAUGACGUCAUCGGUCGGUGGCGGAGGCAGAUACAUGGCCUUCUCUCCGUCGCCUUCCGCCCCUCACUCUCCCCACCUCUCCGGCCUUCGUUCCGCUGCCAUCGCCGCUGCUCGCCUCGAUCAAGAGAAAUAUCUCUCGGAGUUACUGGAGGAGCGUUACAAACUUACUCCUUUUUUGUCAGUGAUCCCUCAUACGUGUAGACUGUUGAACCAGGAAAUUUCGCGUAUAACUACACUGUUGGGGAAUGCAUCAGUUUUAGGUCAAAGUGGGCUUGAACAAGCUAGCCCCCUGACUUCUGGAGGAAUGUUUUCAAAUGGAAGAGCUGAUGUGAACAGAUUGAUAUCACGGUUUCAAUCAAAAAUACCGGGGUCAAUGCAGCCCUCUCUAACAGAGAACUGGCUGAAUUCUCAGGGUAGCUCUUCCGGUCUAUUGUUAAGAGAACAAUCAGAGUGGAUUCCUGUUGACAAAUAUCCCAAUAAAAGAUCUGGUCUGUCUUGGGGUCCUUUCUUUUGGCAUUAUCGAACUGUAGACUGCACCUUGUUCAAUGCUCCGGCCGAGCAAACCAUCGAUGCUUUAGAAGCCUUCCCUGGAUCUGUUUUCAAGUGGUCGGAGCUGCCUGGCCUUGACCCUCUCUGUCUCUCCCCCCUCUUCCUUUUCCUUUCCCUUUCCUCCAUGUAUGACCGAUAA